CGUAAGUCUGAAGCCCAGUGUGAGGGAGGAGAGGAUGUGGGUAUGCUGACAUCUGCAAGCCAGAAGUAUGAGUGGAAGACGAUCACAGUUAGAUUGACGAACAACAGCCUCCCUCUGGGUCCAAGAAAGUCUGAGAUAUGUAACUUUACUUUGAAGAGGCCUGUGUUGACAGGGCAGUCGGAAGCUCAGCGAGUCACAUUGACCCUGGGGGACUGUUCACCAUGAGGGGGCGCUACUCUCGAAAACUUGGUUUGCUGGCCAAGGCUGGUUUGCUGCUGUGGCUGCUGUGGCUGGGCUAUCUACUGUUGGAGCGCGCCUCUUUCCCCUCCUCCUUAUCUAUGCUAGAGGACGAUGAGGGCCAUGAGCUUUUGGAUAGACGAUCGCUGGCCGUGGAGGCGAGCGGGAUUGACGGGCUGCUGGCUCGGCCUCUCUACACUAAGCCUUCCCCAGACAGCAGUGCUCCGGGGGAGUGGGGUCGCGCCACACAUCUCACCCUUAAUUCCGAAGAAAGUAAACUGGAGCAGGAGAGUAUAGAGCGCUACGCUAUCAAUAUUUACGUCAGUGACAAAAUUUCCCUCCAUCGACAUAUCCAGGACAACAGGAUGCACGAAUGCCGUAGUAAGAAGUUCAACUACCAGCAUUUGCCCACCACCUCCGUGAUCAUCGCCUUCUACAACGAAGCCUGGUCCACUCUGCUGAGGACCAUCCACAGUGUGCUGGAGACCACAUGUGUUUGUGUUUUCAUGUUUACAGACUACCUGAAAUCCAAACUCGCUGACUACAUCAGCAACCUAGACCGCGUGCGGCUCAUCCAGACCAACAAAAGAGAAGGACUGGUACGUGCCCGUCUAAUUGGCGCCACUUAUGCCACAGGUGAUGUGCUGACAUUUCUUGAUUGCCACUGUGAGUGUGUCCCCGGCUGGAUUGAACCUCUGCUGGAAAGGAUCGGCGAGAAUGCCAAAGCCAUCGUCUGCCCCGUGAUCGACACCAUCGACUGGAACACCUUUGAGUUUUACAUGCAAACAGAUGAGCCAAUGAUUGGAGGGUUUGACUGGAGGCUGACUUUCCAGUGGCAUUCAGUCCCUUUUGCACAACGAUCGCAGCGCAAGUCUAGAAUAGAGCCACUCAGAUCCCCUACAAUGGCAGGUGGAUUAUUCGCUGUGAGUAAGGCUUACUUCGAGUACCUCGGCACAUAUGACACGGGCAUGGAGGUGUGGGGGGGAGAAAACCUGGAGCUGUCCUUCAGAGUGUGGCAGUGUGGGGGCAGCUUGGAGAUUCACCCCUGUUCUCAUGUGGGCCACGUGUUCCCCAAAAAAGCUCCAUACGCACGCCCUAACUUCCUGCAGAACACUGUACGAGCUGCCGAGGUUUGGAUGGACUCCUACAAACUACACUUCUACAACAGAAAUCCUCCAGCCAGAAAGGAAAACUAUGGUGACAUCUCAGAGCGGCUGCUACUGAGGGAGAGGCUCAAAUGCAAUGAUUUCCAGUGGUACCUGAAGAACAUCUAUCCCUACCUACACGUACCUGAAGACAGGAUAGGAUGGCACGGGGCUGUGCACAGCACAGGAAUACACUCUGAGUGUCUGGACUACAACGCUCCGGACCACAAUCCGACCGGCGCCCACCUCUCUUUGUUUGGCUGUCACGGUCAGGGAGGUAACCAGUACUUUGAAUACACCUCUGAGAAGGAGAUCCGUUUCAACUCUGUGACAGAGCUGUGCGCUGAAGUGCUCGAUGGACAGCCCGCCAUCGGGAUGAGACACUGUCCUCGUGACGGGGAGGUCAGGUCUCCCAGUGUCCUCUGGGAGUUCAGAAGUGACGCGACCAUCUACAGCCCCCACCUACGCAUGUGUGUGACGGCCUACCGCACGACAGAAGGUCGUACAGACGUCCAGAUGCAGCACUGUAACCCAGGAGACAGAAACCAGCAGUGGAAGUUUGAGUGGUAGAAGGAAGAAGAGUCCAUGAAGCCUCAAGUGACCUUCCAUGACCUUAGUGCAAUUACUACAGACAGUCAGUGGACGCCUCCUCUGCUGAUACCCAUUCUCCAGCUCUGCAGUCGGUUUGAAGGAGGCUGAUGAGAAGUGAAAAGUCAAUUAAAGCUAACGGGUGCAGGGCUUUUGUUCCCACGUGAAGGCUGGACCGUGUGCAGCUGGCGGUGGAGAGGGAGAGAAUUCCAAGGUGAAAAGUGUUGGCUUUUAUUAAGGGGGGCCAGCUGGACUCCAGAAUCUAGACGCCUGCGUCACUUUCUCUCAAGUGCCUCUGCAGCCUAAAUGGAAUCCAGCACACACCUGAAGUGUCGUUAUUGUCCUGUCUCUCUGUGACACCCUGAGAGCAGUGAAACUGGUCGGACUGUGCAGCACAUCCAGUGCCUUUCUGAGAGUUUACAGUCAAAUAUUUUUCCAGGAAAACCAAGUGCAGAUUAAGUAACAAUUGAAAAAAAAAAAAAAAAGAUCAAGCUUUACUACAUAGCAUCGCCUUAUGUGCAAUUAAUAUUUAUUACUAUUGUUAACACGUCAACCUUAGUGUUGCUUGAUGUACUAAACCAAGGACGGGGAACUCGACUCCAGGAAUGUGAUUUUUGUGGCAUUUUCGUCUAAAACAGCUACAGGUCAACGAGCUGGAAGUGGAAGUGGACAACGCAGCAGCGUGGCUUCCAGGUCCUGUCUGUGCAGCUGGUCUGUUGCCAUUAUGCUGCCUUAAAAAGACUUGAAUCAUUCAUUAAGCAAUUUGCACAAAGUGCAAUCAGCCCCAGUGGGUGUGGUGAGCUGACGGGAGUGUUGGAAUCUGUUUGGCCCUCCUCCUUGGACGUAUCUGUCAGCGUGCCUUUGAAAAGGUUUGGUCGUCAGGAUCCUGUUUGUGCCUAAAUGAAAUGUGCCAGUGCAUGUCUCAUGUCUUCACCCUGUGCUCUAACCUUAAAUAAAGACUGGAUGCACUUUUGAUUCAGUCACAGAAAGCCGCUAAAAGUAACAGAUUUGGUUCAAUCUUACAUUUGUGCCUUGCCAGAUUUUUUUGAAGACUCUUUUGUGAAUGUUUGUACUUGAAAUGGCAUCACAAAUACUCCUGAUUCUUUUUUUUUCCUAUUCCUAUUCCGACGAAGAUCUUGUCAGUUUUUUCCCACUGGGAUAUAAGGAUAAGGAGAUGUAGUGAAGCUGUUUUGGAAUUCCUGACGUGGCAACGGUUUCUCCCAAAGGCUGUCUGUCACUGGGCAGCAUUUGGUCUCUGUAGUCCUCCUGAAUGAAUGUAUGAGUUAUUCAGACUUGUCUACGAAUGCAUUGGGAAUAUCAUGGUUCUUGUUUUUGUGUCUUUUUUAAAAUGAUGGUAAAAGUGGGGGACCAGUUGGGGGCGGUGCAACUGUAACAACUACUGAUAAUGAAAAUACGUUGAUGAUUACUUGAUAUGAAGAACAGGUGAUUGCUUUGAGGGGAGAUAAUUUUUUAAAAAUCAGGGUCAUUUGGGUGGUAUCAGCUCUGGGGAUGGUUGAAGGAAUAAAAACGAAACUAACCACAUGUGCAUUUGUGAUCAUUCACACUAUUUCAUCUCAUAAAAAAAUAUUUUAACUCGUAUCCUACACAUCUUCAUGGAUGAUCCUACCUACUGUUGUGGAAUUAGAUUGCUGUUUAUUUUCCAGCCCACUCUGAAGGAUUUUCUGUCAUUUGGCUCCACCUACUGGCAGGGAAGCGUAAAGCAUUAAACGUGAAAUUCUAGUAGGUUUAAAGGUAAAGUAAAAGAUUUGGAAGCUGCAAGUGAUUAAUUUAAAUUUGCUACAUUUACAUCUGCAACGAUGAUGGAAUCACGUGACGCCUUCAAGUACUCAGCAUCAUCAUAUAAGAGGUGUUUAGUUUAGGUUUAGUUCCUGGGGCUAAGCUGACUCCAGGAGAGAUGAUACAGUCGUGGGGUGAACAACAAUCAUUAUACAUGUUAUUUACAUUACAAUUGGACGAAACAAAUUAACGAGACUCAAGCCAGACAGACUGGAUGAAGCACUUCUAUAUUGUGCUAAAACA